CUACAUUACCACCCAAAAGGGAAAUGUCUGCAUCACCAUCCAUACAUCAUUAUCAAAUUUUUAGUUUUGGUUAGAUUUGGCUGUUAAGAUGGCUGGGGAUGAUUUGGCUGCAGGCUCAAGCUUAGAGACCUACUCAACACUACUACAAUGGAUGAAAUCUCACGGCGGAGAUCUCCAUGAGAAUGUCCAAAUCACCUACAAUGAGCGACAAGGAACACAUAUACGUGUCUUAAAGGAGGGCGUGCCCAGCAACACACAUAUAGUCAAGACCCCAGUCGCGACUACCAUGUCGUAUUUCAACGCCAUUGACCAUCGUGUGGGCGAUGUCCAUUUCCCCUCUCAUGAGGUCAAACUUCCCCAUUCAUUUGUGGAAGCUGCUGGGCCUGAAGAACUAGCCAUAUUUUUCUUGAUAGGCCAGUAUCUACGAGGGUCCGAGAGCUUCUGGCAUCCGUAUCUCCGGACACUUCCUCAGCCGGGGGCCUUGACUACCCUCCCUUAUUAUGAGGAGGAAGAUGAUUUGGAAUGGCUGGAAGGGACGAGCUUAGUGCAGGCGAGGAAGCAGAAGGUUGCACAGCUUAGAGAGAAGUAUGAGGCUUCGUACGGUGAACUCCAAAAGGCUGGUGUUGAGGGCAGUGAGAAGUACUCAUGGGACCUAUACCUUUGGGCAUCGACUAUCUUUGUCUCCCGAGCAUUCUCAGCAAAAGUGCUUUCUGGCGUGGUCCCUGAACAUGGACUGCCCGAAGAGAAUGUCUCUGUCCUCCUCCCCUUCAUCGACAUUCUAAACCAUCGACCAUUAGCGAAGGUCGAAUGGCGUGCUGGAAAAGAAAACGUUGACUUCGUCAUCCUGGAAGACGUCCCGGCAGAACAAGAAAUUGCGAACAAUUACGGCCCUCGCAACAACGAGCAGUUAAUGAUGAACUACGGUUUUUGUCUCCCAGAUAACCCCUGCGACUACCGUACUGUCGCUUUGCGAGCACCACCGGGGAGCCCCCUCCAAGUUGUGCGCGAGCAGCAACGACAGCUAUUCCCCAAUAUGAACACAGACAGCGAGGACCCUUACUACGUGUUCAACAUCUUCUAUCCCCUUCUAGCACCGGGUACUCCCAUGGAACACUCAAUAUUCUCGCCGGCCCUCUUCAACGCAGUCUCAAUUCUAGCCGCAAGCCAGCGCGAACUGGAAGCAUUGGAAGUAUCAGAGCACGAAAUCCGAAUCUCAAAUGCAUACGGCAACUCUCGGGCCGCUCUUGCAGCCAUUAGCCAGAUAAUAAUCGAGCUGAUUACACAUAUCGUGAGACUGAGGUCUUCUGGACCCGGCUCACGAGAGCCAGCGAAUCUCAAACAGACGCACGCAAAGAUUUACCGCGACAGCCAGAUCAGACUAUCCGAGUCUGCUCUUGUCAUCGCGGCUUGGAGCCUGAAGCGUGCACGCGUUCACGGCCUAAGAGGAGACUGGGAGGGAACGAAACGUCUUCUCGGAGAGCACAUGGCCCGCAUUCCCAAGGGAAAGUUCCCAGACGCAGUACAAUCCCGUAUCCAAGUCAGAAUACUGGAACGGCCGUCUAUUCUCAAGGCAACUGGCGAGCUGUUUUCAUUCGAUGAGCUACUUAGCCUCCUACCGGAUGAAGUACGGAAGCUUUGCCAAGAAUGUUCUAGUACCGUUCUCAAGAACGCCUCGCGCAAUAUUCCAGCCCUUAGAGGCAUCACAGUACAGGCAUCGCCGUUCAGAUUCCCACUAUUCGUCUGUUUCGUGGUCGCAGUUCAUAUCACGAAUAGACACAAGCAUGACAUAGGGUCUGGAGAAAGCCAUAACUUCCUCCCUCCGCGGCUCUCUCAGUGGGCUAGCUUCAUGCUCGAUCAUUAUCUCCCUCCACCAGACGAUGUUGCAUGGGCAGUUGAAGAUGAAGGCGAUGAGACCUUGCUCGGCGAGUUCGACGAAGUCCUCGAAACAAUGCGUGCGCAGAACUCUGAGAUAUUCUCCAAGCUGGAACCAUUCACUGGCGGGUGGCAAGGAGAUGCUUGGUGGCUCUCGCCCAACUGGGUGCGCUGGGCGUGGAUGAUGACGGAGCAGGAAUGCGUGCAGGCCCCAGAGGACCCACUGGCACUAUUAUCUUCUGAAGGCUCCGGGAACGUAAUGUUAUCAACGGAGACGUACUUGUAUAUACCACAACCUUUAGAGUGAGGCGUUGCUCUCAGUAGCAUGAAGAAUCAAAUCUCAGGGAAAUACCCCUUCAAUAACGCUCUCAUCUCCUCGCUCUGCGCCAGCCCAACAACCCUCUUUGUAUCCCCCUCAUCAUGCGGCCUAAACCCCUUUUCUAGGAAUAGCUGCGCGAUCUGAACAUUGUCACAGUCAACAGCAAAUCCGAGCGGGUGCUCGCCGCUCUCAGUCUCCUCCCGUCUCUUCUCCCUCCACAAGUCCACACCCCCAUUAUCAAGCAAAACCCUCAUCAUUGCCAUCAUUUCAGUCCCCUUCAUAUAGCUAAUAUACUCCCACGGAUCGUCAUAUCCGUGAUACCAGUUGAGUAUAAUAUCCAGACUCGCACCAGCCUUCAACAAAGCCUCGGCAAUCUCAACCUUCCAUACAAGGAUCGCGUACCCCAGCGGCGUGUUACUCCGUAAUUCGGACUCAUAACUGUCUGAGUCACUCAUGUCUUCGAGCUGCGGUUUAUACUCUAAUAGAGCUUUGACAGCAUCUAAAUCGCUCGUCACUAAGGUCAGGGAGAGGAGAGGCACUCCCUUGUCGGUUGUAGAUGGAUCAGCACCGAGUGAGAGAAGGUAGGACAUUGCAGCUGGGUAGGGGGUUGGUGUUGUGCAUGUUAUUAGGAGAGUGUUUAGGCGGUGUCGCGCUCUUUCGCUCUGUGUCUGUCCCGGGUGUAGAUGUUCUUUCUGCGCGGUCCUGCGUAAUGAUUCGAGGAUAAGGCCUGGGGAUGCAUGUGCCUCAGUUAUAAGUGUUUCAACGGUAUUGUUUUGCAUGAAUGCUUCUCGAAGUAGCUCGUUCCAGCUCUCUGGGGUGGCUGUCAGUGUUGGUGAAAUAGACUCUGAACAGGGGGCGCACUCGAGACAAGGAAUAUCUUCUGCAAGUUUUGUUUAUUCGAAGUGGCAACGGCAAAAUUGGGGGCAAGAUGCUCGAAGAUGAGUCGGUGGAUUUCAAUGGGGAGAUCGUCCCACGACAUGGUUGAGUUUAGGAGCACGGUAGAAAGGGGUGUAAGUUGUUGUGCCAGAAAGUGUAAUGAGGUCGGUUACAAUACGACCAGCGUCCGUAGAGCUCGAACU